AUGGCAGCUAGUUCAUCCAACAAAAAUGAGGAGACUAACCGUUCCAAAAAGGUGAACAGCAUGGACACUAGGAAGAUUGAUGACCUCGCCGCUAAGGUCGAUCUGCUUCUCAAGAACAAUCAGAAUCAUAUCUAUGUCAUGGAAGAAACCAAUCUGGAACCAGCAAGCCACAUAAGGCAGAUGGACGUUCAGAUUGCUCAAACUGCUGAAACAAUAAAAAGGCAACAGGGAACACUCCCAGGGAAAUCAAACAAGAAUCCCAAGGAAUGUAACGCAGUCGAGCUGAGAAGUGGAAGACAUCUAACAGAUCCUGUCCCCAAGAAGCUCACUGCCUGUUGGGGUCAAAAUUGUGCGAAUUUCGGUUCCCACACUGCUCAAGAGAAGGGAAAACAGAAAGAUGGAGAACCACCUUCGCUUGAGGAUGUCCACGAUGACGAUCAUGAACCGGAACAGCCAACAACCGCAGAACCAGUAGCCCCCACGACGCAAGAUCAACCUGUUCCAACACGCGUCUACAUUCCAAAAGUUCCCUAUCCAGUCCCUGCUAAGAAAUCACGCAAGGAUUGCGAAGAGAUGAAGUGCAAAAAGAUGCUUGAAGACUUGAACGUUAAGUUCUCUCUCAUGGAUGCUAUUCAGAUGAUUCCUUUAAUGUGUAGUCUUGUGAAAGGGCUGAUCUCCGGAAAGACUUUUGUAGACAGCGACAUCAUGAUGAUUGGAAAGACAGUCUUCGCUUGUUCUUUAUGCGAUCUGGGUUCCUGUGUGAAUCUCAUGCCUUACUCAGUUGUAAAACGCAUGGGACUAACCAACUUCAAGCCAACCAGGAUUUCUUUGGUAUUCGCAGACAGAUCAGUCAAGUUGCCAGUAGGUGUUCUUGAAGAUCUACAAGUUCAAAUUGGUCACACCACUGUUCCGGCAGACUUCGUGGUUCUAGAGCUCAAAGAUGAACCGAAAGACCCUCUCAUUCUGGGCCGUUCUUUCCUGUGCACAGCUGGUGUAAUCAUUGACGUCUGCAACAGGACGAUUGAUCUCCAACUGGGAGAUAUUGUGAUGAAAUUCGAGAUGAAUGAGCGUCUCAAACGACCUAUGCUAGAUGGUCAGAACUUCAUGAUUAGGGACGAGAAUGCCGCCUUGAGCCCUCAACAAGGGAUGAUCGAAGAAAUCCUCGCAGAUGAUCCUUUGGAAGUAGCUCUGAUAUGA